AUGCAAGACCCACGGGCAGCGAAAAGGAGGCGCGUAUCCGAUGUCGCAGUUAUAGACGAAGACGGCGACAUUACAAUGCAAAACACCGCGACGCCGCCACAGGCUCCCUCAAACGACGCGGUCGCGGAGGCCGCGGAAACCAACAACGGAGACGCAAACCCGAAGACAGAUGAUACCCCUUCCAGGGCGGGAACGCGGUCAAGCGGGCGCCAGAGGAAAGCGCCGCAGCGGUACGAAGAUGAGGCUGUGCGCUAUGAAGCCGUGCGCACGCGGUCGGUGAGGAAGUCCAAACCGACGCCGGCCAAGGAUACGGCUGCUUCUACGCCUACGGCUACGUCUACGCCGACACCUGCCGCUACUACUGCGGCUGGAGAAAAGCCGACGCGGUCUGCGUCGGGGGGUGUAAGGCGGCGGCCACGCCAAUCGUUGCAGUCGCAGGUAUCGGAGACGGGGGAUGAUUUUGAGGAUGAGGAUCAGGAAGAAGCAUCGGAGUCCGGGACGCCUGAGCCCAAGGCUAAACGGCCCGCCAGGCCGCGGUCGAAGAGGGCUUCUGUGCGGUUUACUGGGACGGAGGCGGAUGGGUCUGAUAGUGUGAAAAAAGAUCGGUCGCCGUCUCCGGAUGAUUUCCAGGAUGGCUUGGAUGAUCUUGUCGCCAUGCAGCUGCAGCAGGAUCUUGCUCGGCGCGAUUUGGAUGGGAAGGAGGGUGAUGCUACGGGGGAGGAAGCUUUGCCUCCGUAUGUGGAGGCGUUCCAGAAUCUCGUGCGCAACGGCUACGCGCGAGAAGUGCAAUUACUAACGAGGACGGUGGUUGAGAAGCUAAAUGGGAAAAGGCUUGUCCCAUUGAAGGGGCUUGAUGUCGAGUACCACAAGGUGCAUAAACUCGUGCAGCAGAGUGUUACCGUUGGAGAGGGUAACUCGAUGCUUCUCCUUGGAUCGCGCGGAGCAGGAAAGACAGCUAUCAUAGAGACGGUUGUCUCAAAUCUGAAGGAGGAGCACAAAAACGAGUUCCACGUUGUCCGGCUCAAUGGCUUUCUACAUACGGACGACCGACUGGCGCUGCGUGAGAUAUGGCGACAGCUUGGCCGCGAGAUGAAUACAGAAGAAGAUGCGGGAAAGGUGACCAGUUAUGCGGAUACUAUGGCGACGUUGCUUGCUCUUCUCUCCCAUCCCGAAGAGCUGCAGGGCUCUGCCGGUAAUCAGAACGGCACGACGACGGCUAAGUCGAUUGUGAUUGUCUUGGACGAAUUUGACCUAUUUGUUACGCACCCCCGCCAGACCCUUCUUUACAACCUGUUUGAUAUCGCGCAAGCGCGCAAAGCGCCCCUGGCAGUCCUUGGGGUUACGACGAAAGUGGACGUGACCGAGAUGCUGGAAAAACGAGUCAAGAGCCGAUUCAGUCACAGAUCGGUCUACGUGCCGCUGCCGAAGACAUUUGAGGUAUUCUCCGAGGCCUGUCUUGCUGGGUUAGACCUCGACGAAGGAGUCGAAGGAUCCAGAUUCAGCGCCGAUGACCAGUCGAUCGCCAAGUCCGAUAGCUGGAAGACGGCCCUGGACGGGUGGAGAGCGUAUCUACAGGCACUCUGGGCCGAUCCGGCGUUCCAGACGCACUUGCGCCGGAUAUACCAUCAAACCAAAUCCGUGCGGGAAUUCUUCACGAGCGCGCUGAUUCCCAUUACCGAGCUCCAUCACAGCAUCACCUCAUCCACUUCCACUUCGUCCCCUCAGAUCCCCACCCCCAGCACAUUCUCAAACCACCCGCUCUCCUGCCCUGACCCAGCGCCCCUCCCCUUCCAGCCAUCCCUCUCCACAUCCACCUCAUCAACCCCCUCCUCCCUCCCUCUCUCCCUCCUCCUCGCCGCAACCCGCCUAACAGCCCUAUACGACCCGGGUGCUGAAACCGGCCAACCACAAGAUCUCGCCCCACUGGCGCUGUCCUUCCCCGCCGCGUACGCGGAAUACGUCCGGCUCCUGACGUCAGCGAAGACCUCUGCCUCUGUCUCUGGUGCGUCUGUCACGCCCGGACGUGUUUGGGGGAGAGACGUCGCGCGCGAGGCGUGGGAACGACUGGUCGCUUGGGGGCUUAUUAGUCCUGUUGGUGGUGGAAGUGGCACGGCCGAUGGACGCAUGUUCCGCGUUGAAAUCAGCUUCGAGGAGGUCGUUGAUUUGGUGGGGUCUGGGGGGUCGCUUGGGAGGUGGUGGCGUGAUGCUUGA